GGGUCCGGGUCGGCUUGCGGCUCCCGGCUCCCGGCUCCCGGCUCCCCACACGUACCGCUGCCGGCGGAACACGGCCCGAGAAGGAGGAGCCGGAGUCGACUGGCUUGCAUUGCCCUCCCGUUCAUCCUUCCCUGGGUCGCACACUUUAAAGUUUCGUUCCGAACCCACCCACUCACCCAGCUGCAAGCAUUACAUCACUGACACCGCCAGAGACCCGGAUUGACACCAAGGCAGAACUUUAGGCAAAUUGCACGGCUCAAGUUUUAAUAGAACAUGUCUGACCCGUCUGCUAGCCCGGAGGAUCGGCCCGAGGCCGCCGAGUAAUGCAAAGAGCGGAGAGGCCGCCUGUUGACGGAUUUUGAACGGUUAUCCCACGUACCUGUUGAAUACUGAAAGAUGCCUCCUCCUCCUCCUCCCCCAGCGCCCCCUCCUCCAACAUUUUCACAGGCAUGUACUGAAAAACCCGCCCUGAACAAAAGUCAGCAGGCAGGAAGAGAUGCACUUUUGUCAGACAUAUGCAAGACAAGAAAGCUAAAGAAGGCUGUUACCAAUGAUAGGAGUGCACCAUUGCUUAAUGCUCCUAAAGGACCCGGUGGUGGUGGUGGUGGUGGAGGAGGAGGAGGAGGAGGAGGAGGUGGAGGUGGACCUGGUUUAGGAGGAUUAUUUGCUGGUGGAAUGCCAAAGCUGAGGUCUGCAGGAGCCAGAGAAAGUUCAGAUUCUGGAGGAGGAAGACCACCAUUAAUGCCUCCAAGUGGAAGAUCACCUAGACCAUUUGCACCAAGCGGUGGCUCACCAAGGUUGCCUGGGUCAGCAUCAUUUCCAAGGAAUACUGACCCUGAACCACCAAGAAAUAGAUUCCCUCCAAGUCAACCAAAGUUUUCAAGGCCAGAUAUUGGUUCAAAGUCUGACGCAGGACCACCACCUGUACCAAAUGCACCACGGCCAACAGUAACAAAUACGCAGAGUAGAGGUCCUCCACCCUUCCCAGGAAGUCGGCCGCCAAACACAGGGCCUUCCCUACCAAAUCGCAAUCAAGGGUCUCCCCGUCAAUUCCCUCCAGUUCCUCCACAAAGCAAUAUAAAUAGAUCUCACCCAGCUCCCAGCCAUGGCAGGGCUGGUGACGAUAACUCCUCUCCAUCAAAUCCUCCAACUCACAAUACCAACAGACCUCCGCUGCCCCCUACUCCAGCUCGGAUGAUGGAUGAUAGGCCUCCGCCACCUCCCAUGAUGAACAGACCUUCAAUUAACAGGGAUGGUCCUCCACUUCCACCACCACAGAGUCAGAAACCACCUGUUCCUCAGACACCUAGACCAACUCCUUCCUUCCAGGCACCACCUCCUCCACCACCUAAUCGGCCAGGACCCCCACACAGUCAUCCAGCCACUGCGACAGAGGUUGAAGUUCCAAGGCUUCCUCAGAGGAACUUGUCGCUCCAUGGCACUUCGUCAGGUUCUUCUGGGCCAAACCGGGGUCCACUUCCUCCCAGUGAAAGACCUCCACCACCUGUAAGAGAUCCCCCAAGCAGAUCAGGACCUCUUCCUCCUCCUCCACCACUGGGAGGCAGAAAUGGUGGUAUCCAGAAAGGGCCACCUCUCCCACAGCCCCCAAGUCGAAUGGUCUCAGACAGCCCCAGGGGUGGCUUCAGGCCCCCACUACCACCUGACCGAGGAAGCCCUGUUCCCCCACCAGCAAUGAGGAAUGGCUUUCAAGAGCCCUCUCAGGCAAUGUAUGAAGAUGAAUGGGAAGGAAGAUUUUCUUUCCAUUCCAUCUCAGAUCUUCCACCACCAGAACCAUACGUAAACUUUCCAAAAACUUAUCCCAGUAAACAGAGCAAGUCAGAGAGUAGAGAUCCAUCCCGGAGAGAGCGAGGUGCCCCACCUCUGCCACCUAUACCAAGGUGAAACGGACUGGCUGCUGAAAGUUCUUGGGAAGUGAUCCUGUCCUCGUGAGACUACCUUGCACGCUUUCACUGCAAACACCAUUUUCCUCUAUCAGCUUCAGACAUUUCCAGCUCUGGAAAUGUAGGCUUGCUGGCAUUUUGUUUGUGAUGCUUAUGGCAUCUAGAAAUUAAAAAAAAAGUCUAUAUGCAUUUUGACUGCUUCAGUGUAAAACAUGCUAAUUUGUUUACAUUAUUAUGGACCAGAAUAAAUGUAUUUUGCAGGAAUAUUUCUUUAACAUAGUUCAUUUCAAGGUAUAUAUGGUAAUUAUCUUUUGGGUGCUCAAUGUAUAGUACAUCCUUUAAUAAAAACAGGCACUUUGGCUUUAACCAAAUAUUCUUGAAGUA